GGCCGCAGGUAGAAGGCGGAGAGGAGCGCGAUCGUGCGCAGACGCAGCGGCAAUCAGUGCAUCGGCCAUCGGCCCCCUCGCCGAGUCGCUGAUCCUUCCCUCCCCGGGCCAGCUGCGCCCGCCCAGCGUACUGAUGCGCCUGUGCACUGUCGCCGAGCUGCUGGCCUGACCCUUUUCGUUUUGUUUUUUUUAUUUUUUAACUAUUUGUACAUUUAAUUUUUUAUUGAAUAAGACUUGUGGCGCAAGGCAGCGAGCGAUGGGCAAGAGAGAAGAGGAGGAAAUCAUCCGGAUCGCCAAGAAAAUGGAUAAGAUGGCGCAGAAGAAAAACGGGUCCGGAGCUCUGGACCUGCUCAGAGAGCUGAAGAACAUUCCAAUGACACUCGAACUGCUACAGUCCACCCGCAUCGGGAUGUCGGUGAACGCCAUCCGUAAGCAGAGCACUGAUGAGGAGGUCACAACGCUGGCCAAGUCACUUAUUAAGUCGUGGAAGAAGCUUCUAGAUGAACCGGGAGGGGGAGAGAAGCUGGCAGAGGAGAAGAGGAAGGAGCCCACCACGCAGGCCGUAUCAUCCUCACAGAACAGCCCAGAACCUCGCGAGGAAAGCUCCAGCAGCAAUUCCAGCAGCGAACCUGGCGCUGUGGCCCCAGACACACUGAUCACCACGUUCCCUAGAGCCCCCAGCACCUCGGACUCCGUCCGGAACAAAUGCAGGCAGAUGCUUGCCAGUGCCUUGCGAGCUGGUGAUGAUUACAUUGCUAUUGGUGCUGACUGCGACGAGCUCGGGGCCCAGAUCGAGGACUGCAUCUUCCAGGAGCUCAAAAACACGGACACGAAGUACAAGAACCGCGUGCGCAGUCGGAUCGCCAACCUUAGGGACCUGAAGAACCCCAACCUCCGCAAGAACGUUCUCUGCGGCAAUGUACCGCCCGACCGCAUGGCCCGUAUGACAGCGGAGGAGAUGGCCAGUGAUGAACUGAAGGAGAUGCGCAAGAACCUGACCAAAGAGGCCAUUCGAGAGCACCAAAUGGCCAAGACGGGCGGCACGCAAACCGACCUGUUCACCUGUGGGAAGUGCAAAAAGAAGAACUGUACCUACACCCAGGUUCAGACCCGGAGUGCCGAUGAACCGAUGACCACAUUUGUAGUCUGCAAUGAGUGUGGAAACCGGUGGAAGUUCUGCUAGUCCCAGGUCAAGAUUUCAUCUAGAUGUACGACGGCAGAUUCCCCGAACCAGAUCUCUAGUUUGUCCCAGCUUCCGUGGAAAAUGGGCGGGGGGGCGGCCGAACGUUUCUGCUUCCAGUCGACCCUGGCGCUCGGUGAAAGCGGCAAGGCCGGACGCAGGUGGGGUCUCUCCCCCCAGUCCACUCCUGCCCUGCCGUUUUUACAGCCAGGUUAAAGGGCCACAAACGAAAAACAUGCCCACAUACCUGUGUUUGUAACAGAACCAUCAUGUCCAAAAGCUUCUCAUCUUUUAAGUCCUCAUUAGAUUUAACUGUCAGACUACAACUGAUGUUAAUGUUUUUUUUCUUUUUUUAUAUGUAGUUUGACAUUAAAUUUUUGAUCAAUGCUAA